CCAGCGGUGCAGAAACAAGGGUGGGGGGUGGAGCGGUGGUUGAUUAGGGGUUCGUUCUCACGCGCUGAAUCACGUCGCCACCUCGCGGUAUAAAUAACGGUGCACGCGCGAAGGGAUCUAGAGGACGAACGGAUUCAGCUGCACAACAGACGGCUCGUGUUUCCUGCAUCUGAAAGCUGAACUCGCUGAAGAUGAGGGCGUGUUUGUCUUUACUAGGCCUUUCGCUCCUCUACAUCUCUGCUGAGUGUCUGCUUCCCCCCACCAAGGAAGACCUGAAACAGAUCUCUCAGCUCGGGGAGAAAUAUGUGGAUAAGGAGAUUGAAAACGCCAUUAACGGCGUAAAGGAGAUGAAGACGUUGAUGGAGAAGUCGGAUGAGGAUCACGAAAGGUUCCUGUCAUCGUUGGAGGAAACAAAGAAGCAGAAAGAGGAAGCUCUGAAGGUGGCACAGGAGAUAGAGGAGAAGCUGAACGAGGAGCAGUCAGUGUGUAAUGAAACCACACAGGCCCUGUGGGAAGAGUGUAAGCCGUGCCUGAAGAACACGUGUAUCAAAUAUUACUCUCGAACCUGCAGCAGUGGCUCCGGCCUGGUGGGUCGACAGCUGGAGGAGUUCCUGAACCGCUCCUCACCUUUCUCCAUCUGGAUUAACGGUCAGAAUAUGGAGACUCUAGAGAAAGAGGACCUCCAGCAGAGGCAGCACUUCCAGGAUCUGGAGAGACGCUACACGGACGUGGCUGACAGCGUGGACACCAUCUUCAUGGACAGCAUGAGAGUGUUUGACCACAUGCGCUCACUGCACCAGCCCAGAUGGAUCAACACACCCUCCUACAGGCCCUUCUUCCAUAACCCACAGUUCUCUGGCUUCCACAGCUUGUUCCAGCCAAUGAAGCAGAUGACACAAGACGUCUUUGGAUCGUUCGGCUCCUACAUGAACGGCGAUUUGACUUUUCCUUCUGAAGACGGCAACACGAACGAAGACGUCAUCAUAACCAAGCCGUUCGGGAACGAUAAAAUGACCUGCAGGGAGAUUCGGCGUAACUCUGCCGGAUGCAUCAAACUCCGAGAGGAGUGUGAGAAGUGCAAGGAGAUCCAGCACAUUGAUUGUUCUGGAAAGAAGCCUCUGGAAGGUCCACUGAAAAAGGACCUGGAACAGGCUCUGGAUGUGGCUGAGAAAUUCACGAAGGAGUACAACAAUCUCCUGAGGCACUUUGAGGAGGAGAUGUUCAACACCUCGAAGCUGCUGGACACGCUGAGGAAGCAGUUUAGCUGGGUGUCCUCGCUCGCCAACCACACCACCAGUGACGACGGCAUCUUUAAAGUCCAAACAAUCAUCUGUAAGGACACGGAGAACCCUGAGAAUCCCGGCGACACCAACAUAUCCGUCAAACUGUUUGAUCAGCCAGAAAUAAGUUUCACCGUUCCGGGAGAAAUCCCCUGGACCGACCCAAAGUUCUCUGAGGUGGUGGCGCAGGAGGCUCUGGAUCGCUACAAACAGAACACUGUAGUUGUUGCAAAGUAAUCAUAAAGGAAACCGGGUGAAACUUCCUGCUGAAAAAAAAACCCCAUCAAGACCCAAAA